GACAGAGUCUCAGCCUCGCUAUUGCCGCCCAGAGACUGCUGAUCCCCGUCUGUCCGUUGCCACCUACUCCGGACACAGAACAUCCAGUCAUGGAUAAAAAUGAGCUGGUACAGAAGGCCAAACUGGCUGAGCAGGCUGAGCGAUAUGAUGACAUGGCAGCCUGCAUGAAGUCUGUAACUGAGCAAGGAGCUGAAUUAUCUAGUGAGGAGAGGAAUCUUCUCUCAGUUGCUUAUAAAAAUGUUGUAGGAGCCUGUAGGUCAUCUUGGAGGGUCAUCUCCAGUAUUGAGCAAAAGACGGAAGGUGCUGAGAAAAAACAGCAGAUGGCUCGAGAAUACAGAGAGAGAAUAGAGACCGAGCUAAGAGAUAUCUGCAAUGAUGUACUGUCUCUUUUGGAAAAGUUCUUGAUCCCCAAUGCUUCACAAGCAGAGAGCAAAGUCUUCUAUUUGAAAAUGAAAGGAGACUCCUACUGCUACUUGGCUGAGGUUGUGGCUGGUGAUGACAAGAAAGGGAUUGUGGAUCAGUCACAGCAAGCAUACCAAGAAGCUUUUGAAAUCAGCAAAAAGGAAAUGCAACCAACACAUCCUAUCAGACUGGGUCUGGCCCUUAACUUCUCUGUGUUCUAUUAUGAGAUUCUGAACUCCCCUGAGAAAGCCUGCUCUCUUGCAAAGACAGCAUUUGAUGAAGCCAUUGCUGAACUUGAUACAUUAAGUGAAGAGUCAUACAAAGACAGCAUGCUAAUAAUGCAGUUACUGAGAGAUAAUUUGACAUUGUGGACAUCGGAUAUGCAAGGAGAUGAAGCUGAAGCAGGAGAAGGAGGGGGAAAUUAACCGGCCUUCCAACUUUUGUCUGCCUCAUUCUAAAAUUUACACAGUAGACCAUUUGUCAUCCAUGCUGUCCCACAAAUAGUUUUUUGUUUACGAUUUAUGACAGGUUUAUGUUACUUCUAUUUGAAUUUCUAUAUUUCCCAUGUGGUUUUUA